AUGCCAAAUUUACUUCUGACUCUUCAGCAACUCCUCAAACAAAUUUCCAAAGAAUAUUGCAAGUGGGACUCAUUUGAGACGAGAUGUCUUCCCGAUGAGAUUGUUGUGAUGGAGUCAGCCAGGUACGGCAGGAUGUCGAUAGGGAGGUGUGUGAAACAGGCCAUGGGGGAGCUGGGCUGUUCCACCGACGUCAUUCACUACAUGGAUCACGUCUGCACAGGCAGGCAACAAUGCAAGAUUAUCGUUCCCAAUCCGGACAUCGACAAAUUCAAUCCCUGCUUGAAGGAAGUGACGUCCUAUCUCGAAGCGUCAUAUUCCUGCAGGAAAGGGGAAAUUAAAUCCCUAUUUAACAUGAGUUCGGAAGAUGUCAUUAGCGGUGACGCAAGCGAAUGCAGACUAAUGAAACCCUUUCACGUGAAAGAACAGCGAGGGUUCAUUUCGAAUCACGUGACCUUACUGACCGGAUGUGGAUCGAGUUCGUCGCCAUGGUUACUCGAAGCCAAAGUUGGCCAGCGAAUCAACAUCAGCCUCUGGAAUAUCGACAGGAUGAGAAGUUAUAGGCACUCGAAAGAUUUCCUAAUGUCUCGUUGGUGUCCUCUACUGGAAUGGGAUGGGAUUGAAUGGAUUAAGGUGAAAUUCAAUGGCACAAAAUGGGGUGGAAUGAGAUGA